AUGUUCUUCAUGUGCUGGGGAGGUCUUGUCUUUACAUCCGGCUGGGUCAUGAGAAGUGUCUCCAGCUUCUACCCCGAGAACAGAAAUUUCUACAUCUCAGAAAGCAUUCUCAUCCUCUGCGGACCGCCAAUCUACUCAGCAGCUGAAUACAAUAUCCUCGGACGGCUUAUGCACUAUCUCCCCAUGCACGCGCCUCUCAACCCAAGCAGACUCAUCUACUUCUUCAUCUACCUGGGUGCACUGGUUGAAGGUCUGACAGCCGCCGGAGCCGCCCGUCUAUCCACUGCAGGAGAUGACCAGAAGCUCCAGCGCAGCGGUGGCACACUCGUCGCCGUUGGCUCUGUUCUCCAGGCAGCUGUGGAGUGUAUCUUUAUCGGGAUGAUUGCCCAUCUCCACAACCGCUGUGUUCGAUCGAAUAUGCUCACCAGCAACGUCCGGACCGUCUUCAUCAUGCUUUAUGGUACAUCCGGUCUUGUCUUAUUCCGAUCUAUCUUCCGUGCCGUCGAGAAAUUCAGCACCCUCAACGUCAUCUCUACCGGCCAAUGCGAUGGAGUCUGUGACGCUGUUCUAAGACAUGAGUGGUACCUAUAUGCCUUUGAAGCAGCUCCCAUGGUUCUAUACACCUAUUGGCUCAACAUAGUUCACCCCGGGAAAUAUCUACCAAACAAGACUACCGUCUACCUUGGAUUCGACAAGGAAGAAUACGAAGGCCCCGGCUGGACUGACAAACGUUCGAAGUGGGAGACCUUCGCUGACCCAUUCGACCUCAAGGGGGCCAUUAAUGGACAAAAAGAGCAUGAGAAAUUCUGGCUCCUAUCUCAAGAUGGCACUCAUCCCAAGUAUCACAAUGAGCUACAGGCGUAA